AUGGUUGCCCACACCUCUGCCUUGCAACCCUAUGGGCAAUGCUCUGAGCUGAGUGGUCCAAACCCAAACGUUAGCGUCUAUGAUCUACCUACGGACUCCGAAAAUGAAGCAGAGGUGGAUGAACUGGAGUCCGACACAGAUCCCGAAGACGAACUCGCCGCAAGCGCCUCUGCCCACCAGAAGAAGAGCGGACGACGGCUUGGGGAACGUGUUCCCGGGACAACUCUGCUCCCUCCUUCCAAAGUAGAGAACAUAGUUCAGCCGGACAGUGCCAACUUUUCAGCCAGCAUUACGAUGUCGAAGGAAGCGCUGUUCGUUUUGUCGGUUGCAACGGAGGAAUUCAUAAAACGAAUGGCCCAAGCUGGCCACCGACAGGCGGCUGCAAAGCGUCGGGGGACCGUAAAUUAUUCAGAUUUAGCGUGUUCCACCCAACAAUAUCAAGAGUUCAUGUUCUUGCAAGACACCAUACCUGAACCAAUAUCCUUAGCAGAGGCGCUUGACAGACGGGCAAUGAAAGAGAAGGAAGACUUGGAAGCCAAUCCAGCGAUGUCUACUACCCACCGACAGUCACCUCCUUUCAUAUCAGCACCCCAGUUAAAUGGGAAAUCAAAAGCCAAGCCAAGGCCGUCAGUCCCUAAUGGCAAAGAUACGACAAACGCAAGUGCAAAUGGAAAUUCUAGCAGAGAGCAUAGACGGAACGAGGACGGGAUGGAUGGUGAUGUAUCAAGAAGCCGGAGUACGAGAGUCGCGCAUGGGGAUCGUUAUGCCGGGCCAGAAGAGCACGCAUCAAGUGACGUGGGCAAUGAAACGGGUGUAUAUCAGGCGGCUUCAUCUCCGAGGCAUCCAACCUCAGGCCUCCGGGACACAGCACGGUCACCUCAUGAGUUUGCACCCAACUGGCCUGGCCAUUACACUGGCCCCGCGAGCGGCUUUCUGCAGGAUCCACGUGGAGGGUUUGGUCGAGGAAUUGCUAGUCAGAAUCCCGGGCGUACUAUCUACUCACAGCAAUCGCGUCCAGAAAAUGGUUCCUAUCAGUAG